GACAUACCGAAGUCGUACGCAGGUGUCCACACCAUGGCUCACGAGUUAGCCCAUUCGUUGGGAGCAUCGCACGACCCUCAAGAUGAUUCGGAGUGUUCGUGGAAGAAAGGUUUUCUCCUGAGCUACGAGGACAAAGGUAGCAACAAGUACCGACUUUCAAGGUGUAGCGAGAUCAGCAUAACGGACGUCGUACAGAGGCUGUCAGACGAAUGCUUAAAGGAAACUGGGAACCAGACACUUCAUGUAGACCACACGAAAAUGCCUGGUGAUAUGGUAGUAAGGCACUAUUACUGCAAAAAGAUGCUUCAAAGAAUAUCUAGACGGUACUUUCUGUUUAAACAGGACCCACACAACAAAUGCAAACUGCAGUGUUACUAUCAUAAACAGAACAGAACAUCGUUAGAAACAUGGUUUAUUACCGUUGAUAUGGCAGAAGGAAUGUGGUGCGGUGAUGAAAAGACAUGCCAAAGAGGAAUCUGCACCGAAGCGCCGCCUACGAAAACACCCCAUGGUUAGUCAUAGUGAAAUAUAACAUGGCGUAUACUCACAAUAUAAGGUACAGUGUUCACUGCGAUACUAAUAAAUUACGUUUAUU